UGAAUUUAUUCUUGGGUCACAUUUAAUGCACAUCAUUACGGCCGCUAAACAAAGGUAAUGCCCCUCCACCUGGCUCCAGUCUCUGCCAUGGUAUCUCUUGUUUGAGACAUCUUACUCUUUCAAUAUGGUCAGGUUGGUUUGAUUUCCUAGAACCUGCAACAGGAACAUCUGUUCUCAGUACAAACAUCCGUCGGCGCACCCUGCUCAGGGCCCAUUUUCUCCUGCACUGUUGCCAUUUAGCCUCUGAUGGUUCCUCUCCUGAGGUGAGUAAUUAUGUGGGUGUUGUGGAGGCGGUGGUCGUGAUCUCCUGAGGUUGGGCAUUUCUAGCUCAUUUCCUAAAACACUUUAGAUCCUCCUCCUCUUUUCUCUCCUCUCUUAUCCAACCCCUCCUCCUAUCCUCCCUUCACAUACUUCUCGUUUCUAGGUCAGGAUCUCUGUUGACAUGUAUCUUUAUUGAAGCCAUCAUCUGGCCCCCGUGCAUUGCGGUUUUUACCAGGAGCCAUCACUGCACUCUGGAGACCUUCCAUUCCAAGCUUCUUCUGAAGGACUAUUACUCACCAGCAGCUCAUUGUUUCCACUCAGGCGUGUGAUUAUUGUGAUGGUAGUGAGGGAAUGUGUGAUGAGUGCAGUUUAGGGAAAGUGUUUCCUGAAGUUUACCUAACCCCUUUAUUAAUGGCAAGAUCUCAGAAACCACCUCCAGAUGUUUGAGAGCACAAUCUAACCGAUUAUUUACAACACGGCCAGUGAACAUCGCCCUCUUCACACGGACGCUUACUCUUUGCUCCUUUGGCAAUGCCCGAGUUAAUGCUUAAUCUAAGUACAGUCGUAAUUGCUAAGGCCAAGCCCAGUUCACGGGAAGGAGGUUACUUGUUUGUGAACAGAUCACUGCAGAGGCACUCAAGCUGAGGGACUCAUCGAACUCAUCUCUUCCUGACAAGCACCUUCAGGACAGACCACCAUGUCUAAGAACCCCUCGGUCAGCAAGGCUUUCGCCGCCGCCUUCGUCGUCCUGACGGCCUCCGCUAUAGCAGGCAUUGUCACCAUGGUCAUUUUGUACAAAACCCAGAUCGCUACAAUGAAUCCCACGCCCCGGCCGACUUUCCCUUCCACCACCACGGGUCUACCGCCCGUCACGCGGCUUCCGAAGAACCUCGUCCCGGAGAGAUACAAGGUCUUGCUCUGGCCUCGCUUCUACAGCCAGAUCCUCGAGGAGGUUAACGUCACCAGCCCCAACCAGACGGCGCUCUUCACUGGAAACACCACCGUUUACUUUCAUUGUGUCCAGGGCACAAGCUCCAUCUACCUCCACAGCCAGAACCUGGAUGUUUAUGGUCCAGUGGUGUCGAGCACAGACACAGAUGAAGGGAUCCGUGUUACCAGAAUGGAAAACCACCAAGACCAAACUAACUUCCUGGAGAUCGAGUUGGAUUAUGCUUUGAAGACGGGGGGGAACUACAGUUUGUUUCUGUCUUUCAGAGGAGAAGUAUCAGGUGGUCUCGAGGGGUUGUAUGGUAGCGCAUAUGAAGAAGGUAUCCCAGCUCAUGAAGAUGAUACAGAUACAGACAGAUUCCUUAUUGCCACCAGUAUGGAACCAACAUUUGCCAGGAGAGUGUUCCCUUGUUUCGAUGAGCCAGAUUUUAAGGCAGAGUUCGAGGUGACAAUAAUCCACAGGAGAAUCACGACGGCUCUAGCGAAUGGCAUAAAUACAGACGGUGCCAAUAUUAUAGACGACGAUUGGAAAGCCACAGCUUUUCAGCCAACACCGUUGAUGUCAACGUACCUGUUUGCCUUCACGGUUUCAGAGUUUACUCCAACCCCCUCCUCACAUCACCGUGUGAAAAUCAAUACGUACGCUCGUCCUAAGGCCACUGCAGCAGGACACGCUAAAUAUGCAGCGGAUAUCACGGGAAGGAUUCUCGACUACUUUGAGCGCCGUUUUGGCAUUAUAUACCCACAGAGAAAGCUAGAUCAGAUUGCACUGCCAGACUUAAUUUCCGACGGAAUGGAAAACUUGGGGCUGAUCACGUACCAGGAGGGGGAGGUGCUCUAUGAGGAGGGGGUGUCCUCUCUGCUUGACAAGGAACACAUCACUCACCUCAUUGCACAUGAACUGGCACACCAGUGGUUUGGCAAUCUGGUGACGAUGAAAUGGUGGAAUGAUAUUUGGCUGAACGAGGGCUUUGCCAGCUACAUGACAUUCUAUGCAGUGGACGCUGUUGAGCCUGACUUUAAAUUAAAAGAUAUACAUAUCCUGAACAACCUCCACUCUGCGUUUGAGGCGGACGCUCUGGCCUCCUCUCGUCCCCUCAGCACGUCUCAGGGAGAUGUGCAGACCACUUCUCAGAUCAUGGAGAUGUUUGAUACUAUAACCUACUGUAAGGGGGCAGCUGUGCUGAUAAUGCUGGCAGACCUCGUGGAUCAGCCCGUUUUCGACAAAGCAAUCGGAAGGUACCUCUCAGACUGGAAGUAUAAAAACACAGACCAGAACAUCCUCUGGGAAUACAUACAAAAGGCAGAUGACGAGAGUACAGGCGAAAGGAAUAUUGCCGAGGUGAUGAACAGCUGGACUAAACAAAUCGGCUACCCUGUUAUCACCAUCAACACUACCAGUGGAGAAGCCUUCCAGAAGCACUUCCUGUUCAAUGACUCAGCAGUAUCUAGUCUUUCGUGGCACGUCCCGAUCAGAGCCAUGAAAUAUACAACUUUGUUUCGUCUAAUCUGGUUGAAACCCGGCGAGUCAGCAAUGAAAGAUGAAUUUGUUGCAACUAAAGGAGAGUGGAUUCUGGCAAACGUCAACUGUACUGGAUACUACAGAGUCAAUUACAACCCAGAGAACUGGGAUCGCCUCAUCACUCAGUUGCAGAAAGACCCACGUCGGAUCCCACUGAUGAACAGAGGGCAGCUUGUUGACGAUGCAUUUAACUUGGCAAGGGCCAAACUUGUCAACGUGACUCUGGCGUUAAAUUUAACGCGCUUCAUUCGGAAUGAGACGGAGCUAAUACCCUGGGCAGCAACCAUCAGCAACCUCGGGUACUUUGUCCGCAUGUUCGACCGAUCUGAGGUGUAUGGCCCAAUGCAGAUGUACCUCCGUAAUCAGGUUGAAGGCCUUUACAAUUCUUUCAGAAACGACACAGACAAUUCCACAGUCCCAGCUGAUCACUCCUCACAGCAAAUCCAGAUAAAGGCCAUAGAUGUGGCAUGUUCCAACGAACUCCCAGAAUGCAUUGAGAUGGCUCAACAUAUGUAUGCCGACUUGAUGAAAAUCAACAGCACCAACAACAUCCACCCUAACCUGCGGUCUGUAAUCUACUGCCAAGCUGUGGCUCAUGGGGGGAAGGAGGAGUGGGAGUUUGCCUGGGACCUGUAUCUUCGCUCCUCGGACGUCUCGGAGAGGGACCGGCUCCGGCGGGCUCUGUCCUGCACCAAGAAGAUCUGGCUGCUUAGCAGAUACCUGGAUUACACUUUGGACCCUGAGCUGAUACGUCUGAUGGAGGUUGCUUCCUCUAUAAGCUACGUCUCGAGGAAUGUGGCCGGGCAGGCGCUGGCCUGGAACUUUAUCAGAGCUCACUGGAACUAUGUCAGAUAUGGGGAUCCAGUCACGCUGAUCGAGGAAGUGACCGGCAGGUUCUCCACCCAGUUCGAACUGGAAGAGCUGGAGCGUUUUGUGAAGGAUUAUGAUCUGGGUCCAGCUUCCAGGGUGGCGUACCAGGCCAUUGAGCAAACUGCAGUCAACAUCCAGUGGGUCAGCGAGAACAAAGAUGUUAUACUAGAGUGGUUUGAAAGAGAAACAGCUUAGUUGAAUGUAAAAAAAACAAGAACUCUUAACGACCAGUGGUCCUAGCAUUUUUACAUGAGUUAGCUCACUUUCCUCUGUCAAUCAAUGCACUUCAGAAACAAGAACUGAUCAAGACUUAAUCAGGAAAAUAAUCAUCAUUCGAUUCCCCAGACUGAACAGGGAGACUGAAUCAUAGCAUAGAACCGACUCUGAAACAAAUGUGACACCAAGUGAAGACACAGUGUUUACAGUAUGUAUGUACAUUAUUUAUAUAGUAUAUUCAAUGCUAACAGUCAAAGUAAGAAGAGAAUUACCCUACUGUUGGUCAUUAUUGCACAUGAUACUAAAGAUGCUAUAUUGAAGUAUAGUCGUUUGAAAAGUUUAAUGUUAGAUUCAAAAUGAUCACAUUUACUUUUGAAAAUCAUUUUUGUUGUUGCUCUUUAUCACAGAUGUUUUAAAAUCUUUGUUAAAUUUGAAAAUGGAUUGAAACUUCCAAUAGGUAUGUUAUUCUCCAAAAAAACAUUGUUCUAACGUAUUAUGAAAACAAACACUAGUUCAUUGGAGCAGUUAAAUGAACCCGCUUGUGAAUCAUUUACACAGCUAAAGGAUAGAACUUCCUCCAUUUGUUUACAGGAACACAUGUAUGUGUUUUAUAUAUGUUGUAAUCAAAGACAGCAUUAUUGUUGUAUGUUGUUGAAAUUGUGUUUUUUGAUAAUAAAACAUUGAUUAAGUCA